AUGGAGAUAAUAACUGAGAAGCAGAGAGAGACUAGGUAUUUCUGGAACAAUACUCCUGAAAAAAGCGAUUAUGAGGCUGUAGAAGCCCUUAUUUCUAUGAGCUGCAACUGGAAAUCAGACUUCAAAAAACAUGUGGAAAUGAGACCUAUAACUCCAGCAUCUGAUAUGUCGGAAGAGAGUGACGAGACUUCGCUUCCUGGAGCCGUGGACUUCAAUGCGAUACCAGCAUUUUGCCUGACCCCCCCGUACAGCCCUUCCGACUUGGAGAUGUCGCAGGUGGUCCAUCCCGCUGCAGCGCUUGGCAAGUCACCAGUCCAGGCUGCCAAGCCUCCGCUGGCCGCGCCUCGGAGGGAGGCCGGGCCUCUGAAGGCUCAAGCCACCAGCGUUAUCCGCCACACGGCUGACGCCCAGCUUUGUAAUCGCAAAACCUGUCCGGUGAGAACAGCCAGUGUGCUGAAGUACCAGGACGGCAUCUCGAGGGAGUCAAGCAGUAAACAAAAUGCCGAAGUGGAACGUUCGGCGUGUUCCGCCGUGGCACCAAGCGGUGAUGAGAGUGGCGAGCUGCCAGUACCGGAAGGAAAAACCGCAGAGGCCCCCCCCAUGCCCGUGAUUUGCCAGAUGGUCCCGCUGCCCACCAACAACAAUGUUGUGACAGCCGUGGUGCCCAGCCCCACGCCCAGCCAGCAGCCAGCUCUCUGCCAACCCAUGGUCUUCAUGGGCACCCAAGUUCCCAAAGGUGCCGUAAUGUUUGUUGUUCCCCAGCCCGUCGUGCAGAGCACGAAGGCUCCCAUUAUUAGUCCGAACGGCACGAGACUCUCUCCCAUUGCCCCUGCUCCCGGCUUUGUGCCCUCUGCAGCAAAAAACACUCCUCCAGCUGAUUCUUCAAGGAUAAGGAGUCACAUCUGCAGCUACCCAGGGUGUGGGAAAACCUACUUCAAGAGCUCCCAUUUGAAGGCUCACGUCAGAACACACACAGGUGAAAAGCCGUUUAGUUGCAGUUGGAAAGGCUGUGAGAGAAGGUUUGCGCGGUCUGACGAACUAUCUCGCCAUCGCAGAACACAUACCGGGGAGAAGAAGUUUGCCUGCCCGAUGUGUGAGCGGCGGUUCAUGAGGAGUGACCACUUAACGAAGCACGCGCGUCGCCACUUAUCGGCUAAGAAGUUGCCAAACUGGCAGAUGGAAGUGAGCAAGCUAAACGACAUCGCCGUGCCGCCAACACCUGCAGCCGCACAGUGA